GGUUAUAGAUCCCAGUUCAUGUCAUCGAAGGGUGAGCUGUCAGACUAGUGGCUCAGAAAAAAGAAAGAAAGAAAAGAGCUACGAAGACUGGAAAGGGAUGAAAGCAUUGAAAAGAAUGCUUUUGAAGAAGACGUUCACUGUUUUAGAUAUGAUGGAUGAGAGAGUAGCUAUUGAAUGGGAUGACAAUGAAA